AUGCUGCCCGAGCUUUAUGGCCUGUUGCCGGUUUCCAACGUUCGGUCAACUUUGUCCUCAACACAUUUGGGCCGUGGAAGCGUGGGCCUGUACAAGUCCAUUUGUGAGGAAUUGGGCCGGUCGCUUGAGGCAGUUACUCCGCAGACGCUACAGGUUGCCCAAUUGGAACGGGACCACCUGCCACCAGAAGAGGCCGGGCUAGCUCGUAGUGACCAAGAGGAAAGCGGAUCUUUCACGGCAAAGAUCCACGAGCUGGAAUGCGCCAACCAUGUACUGAAGGACGAGCUUGACCGCACCAGCAUCCACCUGCAAGGGUCCCUCGGCGAAAACCGCAUAUUGCAAGCAAACAUCCGUCGGCUUCAGGACCUGUUGGACAGUAGUUCAUCUCGAGCAACUCACCUAGAAGACGAGUUGGUUCGUACCGGCAGUGGGAUCACCGAAGCUAUGCAGGUGUUGCAGGAGUACCAAGCACAUGAGGGGAGCAUGGUAAAACUGCAUGGAGGCAGACAACGUGAAUCUUGUGGUAGCAUAGACAGCAUCGUGCUAGGAAUACCGGCUCCGAUACCCGACGAGGUGUCUUGA